CUACAGGUUGCAUUAUGGGUCGACUUGAUGGCAAGGUCAUCAUCCUGACAGCUGCUGCACAGGGCAUUGGCCAGGCAGCUGCCUUGGCUUUUGCAAGAGAAGGUGCCAAAGUCAUAGCCACAGAUAUCAAUGAAUCCAAACUUCAGGAACUGGAAAAGUACCCGGGUAUUCUAACUCGUGUUCUUGAUGUCACAAAGAAGAAAGAAAUCGAUCAGUUCGCCAAUGAAAUUGAAAGACUUGAUGUUCUCUUUAAUGUUGCUGGAUUUGUCCAUCAUGGGACCAUCCUAGACUGUGAGGAGAAAGACUGGGACUUUUCGAUGAAUCUUAACGUCCGCAGCAUGUACCUGAUGAUCAAGGCAUUCCUUCCUAAAAUGCUUGCUCAGAAAUCUGGCAACAUUAUCAAUAUGUCUUCUGUGGCUUCCAGCAUCAAAGGAGUUGUGAACAGAUGUGUGUACAGCACAUCCAAGGCUGCUGUGAUUGGCCUCACAAAGUCCGUGGCUGCAGACUUCAUCCAGCAGGGUAUCAGGUGCAACUGUGUGUGUCCAGGAACGGUUGAUACCCCAUCUCUGCAAGAGAGAAUACAAGCCAGACCAAAUCCUGAAGAGGCACUGAGCGAUUUUCUGAAGAGACAGAAGACAGGAAGAUUUGCAACUGCAGAAGAAGUAGCCCAGCUCUGUGUUUAUUUGGCUUCUGAUGAAUCGGCCUACGUAACAGGUAACCCUGUUAUCAUUGAUGGAGGCUGGAGCUUGUGAUUUCAAGGAUCUCCUUCAGGGAAGGAAGGGAGGCCCUUCCUAUCCACAGUGAGCCGGAUAUGAAGAAGACUUCCUGAUUAUCUUCCUAUUACUGGCAUAUUAAUGAAAAGAAGCCCUUUUAAAUAAUAUCAUUGUUCACCGGAAUCUGAUUCUUUAAAUAUAUUAAUCUACUUGCUUCUGAAAUCAUUGUAGGAAGAUGACAUAAAAGACACUAAACUCACCGCAAGAGAUUAGUUUUAAAAAUAAAUCUCAACUUAUAAGCAU